AUGGGGCUAUAUCUGAUGGCUAUGGAUGCUCCAUGGAUUUUUUCCAAGCUUGUUGAGAGGUGGUCUAAGAGGGUCUUUCAUGACGAAGUUGUGCCUCACUUGGAGCCUGGAAUGGUUCCAUCAACUGUAGAUCCGGAUGCAACUGGAAUUGCAGAAAGAGGACCAAAGUUACCCAAAAGGCCUGUCCGUAUCAGUGCCUGGAAACUUGCAAGGUUAGAUUCUAAUGAAGCCAUGAGAGCAGCAGCCAAAGCCAGGGCAUCGUCCUCUGUUCUACGGCCAGUUGAUAACUGCCAUUUACAGGAUCCAGAUUUAAGCUCCAGUGGCAACAUGAGCAUCCGAAGUAGUGUGAGCACUGAAAUGGGGUCAAAUAAAGAGAUAAAGAAUGAUAUGAGAUUAUCUUCCUUGAGGAAAUCUUUUGCUCCGAGCCAAGGUGGCCGGGAUGAGUAUGAAACAGGGACUCAAAGUGUGAGCAGCUUCAGCAGUCCAAGCCAUGUUCAUGAAGCGGUAACCCUUAGUCCUCUACCUCAAGGUCAUGGUUUGGGUCGUUUUAGUGCAGUUAGCUCUUUCCCAAACUUAGCUCACGAUCCUCCAUUAACAUCCAAGGCAUCUUUUGCAAAUGUCAACACCUCGACGUCCCAUCCUUUGGGAUCUGAUGAAAAGACCAUGCAGAAGCGGAGUACUGAUUCUUUACUGCUUUCAGCUCCAGCUACUUCUAUUCUUAGAGAUGUUAAAAGGACAUCUGUUGUCUGGGACCAAGAAGCUGGGAGAUUCGUGUCAAUUCCAGUAUCAGCUUUGGAAGCUAGAAACAGAUCAUCCACACAAAUAGGAUUGCCAAGUUCUAGUGCAGAAACAAGCAUUUAUAACAGAAGGCCCGUUUUUCCACCGCAAGAAUCUUCAUCUUCUGCAGUGAACGCUCCAGUUCCACAAGCAGAGAAGCUGAUGUACACAGGAGACUCUAUAUUCUUUGGUGGUCCGCUUUUGAGCUUACCAGUAAGGGAAAAUUUGAAGAACGAACGAAUGUUGGGUUCUAGAGAGUGCCAAGAGAGAUUGGCCCUUAAUUUAUCUCGGGAGUCUAGAUUCAAAAGGGAUUCAGCGUCAAACCAGCUUCCCGUGUUUGUCCCAAUAACUUUCGAGCAUAAGCCCCCAUCUGGCUCCGGUUCAUAGUAAGUAGCUUUAAGCCUAUGAUUGAACUUCAAACAAAAUGUACGUGCAAUUUUUUUUCCAGAUAGGUGGGUUGGCUUGUGAAUGGACUGUGAAACUGAGGAAACUUCUGUCAGGAGCUGCUCUGAGACCCCCCUGGCCUCCAACGCAUUUUGAUUGGAACUGUUUGUGCAAACAUGAUUGUAUCAAGAUGUUCCAAGCAAAUUCUUGGAUACAAACUUCUCAAUUCGCAUCACUGGCUUAUAGUGAAGCUUGUUUCCUUUUAUGCAUCGGUUUACGUGAAGUUCGUUAAUGAGAA